GCUAGGCAAAAUCGGCGUAGGAGGAAAACUCAACCAGACGAUGUCGGCUCAAGACUUGUGCUCCCUGGAGAUGGAGACAAUAAAAUUAAUGGACACUUGGAUAUCUUUAACUUGUUGGCUGCUGUGGCUCGCGCUCAAGGAUGGAGGUAAGAGCACCAUCACAGCCAGUGGUUGUGUCUAUACCAAUAUUGCAUUAUGAUGAUACUGAAUCUGCAAAAGCAUCAAGACGGCAACUCAAGGAAGCUAUAUAUACAACACUAUUUAACAUGAAUGUUCCUGCUGUUUGUGCAAUUAAUCAGGCAACUUUAGCUUUGUAUGCUGCUAGAAGAACUUCAAGAAUUGUUGUAAAUAUUGGGUUUCAAGUCACAUCAGUUGUUCCAAUUUUACAUGGUAAAGUAAUGCGCAAAGUGGGUGUGGAGGUUGUGGGACUGGGAGCACUAAAAAUUACCGGGUUUCUUAAGGAGUUGAUGCAGCAGAACAAUAUUAGUUUUGAAUCGCUGUACACCGUUCGCACUUUGAAAGAGAAUCUCUGUUAUGUUGCCUAUGAUUAUGAGGCUGAGCUACUCAAAGAUACACGAGCAUCAUCUGACGCAGCAGGAGAAGGUCAGUUCACUCUUUCAAGAGAGCGAUUUCAAACAGGAGAAAUCUUAUUCCAGCCACGAAUGGCAGGAGUCAUUCAAUAUUAAAACCUUUCAUGCUACGUCGAGUUAAAACAGAUGUAGUUUCAGAGCUUACCAGGAAAACAGAGAUCACAGUGCACUGCAAAUUGAGUUCACGACAACAAGCUUUUUAUCGAGCUAUCAUGUAACGCCCUACUUC